AUGUUACUGAGAAUUGGGCCUAAAGGCCUACGAGUAAGGGCCUCCCGUCCUCUACACGAAUUGGGAACUUUCCGCGGGGGAUAUCGUGCAUACACCGCGACGGCAAGGCGUUGGCAAGAUGUAUUCCACUCGCAGACCGAGGAUUCAACCCCUUCGACCAUUUUAUCUUCCCUAAAAACUACAUCUCGGGUUGCGCAGACCCUUACAGAGAAGAUUGUCCAACGAUAUUCUCUUGGGCUUGGAAAGGAUAAGGUUGUGAAGUCCGGAGAUUAUGUUACUCUCUCCCCUCAUUACUGCAUGACUCAUGACAAUUCAUGGCCCGUCGCAACCAAAUUCAUGUCCAUUGGCGCAACCAAAAUCCACAAUAUCAAUCAAGUGGUUUGCACCCUCGAUCACGAUGUUCAAAAUAAGAGCGAAACAAAUCUGAAGAAAUACAAACAAAUUGAGGAAUUCGCACGUCAACAAGGGGUGGACUUUUACCCCGCAGGACGAGGAAUUGGACAUCAGAUCAUGGUAGAGGAAGGAUAUGCUUGGCCCGGGACAGUUACUGUCGCUUCGGACAGUCAUAGUAAUAUGUAUGGUGGUAUCGGAUGCUUGGGCACGCCUAUGGUACGAACAGAUGCAGCAAGUAUUUGGGCAACAGGUCGAACAUGGUGGCAGAUUCCCCCAAUCGCCAAAGUCACCCUCACUGGAGUAUUACCUAUCGGGGUUACAGGAAAGGAUGUCAUCGUUGCGCUUUGCGGUUUGUUCAACAGUGACGACGUUCUCAAUCAUGCUAUAGAAUUCACGGGAUCGGAACAGACGAUGCGCAGUCUCCCUGUCGAUGACAGACUUACUAUCGCAAAUAUGACAACGGAAUGGGGUGCUUUAUCCGGCUUGUUUCCAAUUGAUUCAGUCCUCGAGUCUUGGUUAAGAUAUAAGGCUACCACAAGUGCAAUGUUUGCCCCUAAGAAUGGCAAGGAACCCCGGUUUACACAUGCUCGUAUUGAUGAUCUCGUUCAAAACCAGCUUGUGGCGGAUAAGGGAGCUACCUACGCUAAAUCCUUGUACCUCAACCUUUCAACUCUCUCCCCUUACGUUGCUGGCCCUAACAGUGUCAAAAUCGCCACUCCUAUUCGCGAUUUGGAAGCCCAAAAGAUCAAGCUCCACAAGGCAUACCUCAUUUCAUGCACCAAUUCACGUGCUUCCGAUCUCGCUGCUGCAGCAAAGGUUUUCAAAGACGCUGCUGACUCUUCUCCCGAUAAAACUAUUCCUAAGAUUCCUAAAGGUGUCAAUUUCUACAUCGCUGCUGCUUCGAUCCCUGAGCAAGAGGCUGCUGAGGAGGCGGGCGACUGGCAAGCUCUUCUCGCAGCUGGUGCACAACCUUUACCAUCAGGAUGUGGCCCAUGUAUCGGACUCGGUACUGGAUUAUUAGAACCAGGUGAGGUUGGUAUCAGUGCUAGUAAUCGAAACUUCAAGGGGCGCAUGGGGUCCACUGAAGCCAAGGCAUAUUUGGCAAGUCCCGAGGUUGUCGCUGCCAGCGCUCUUAACGGCUAUAUCUCCAGCCCUGGGUGGUAUGAGGCACCUAUUGGAGUAAAUAAGGUUGUUCUCGGUGAAGGCAACGGAAACGUUGAAGAAGACAAAGCCAUCAGCAUUGAGGAGGCACUCGAGAAGCUUAUCUCACAAGCAGAUUCGAUUGUUGACGGAGCCGAGUCAAGCAUUUUCGGCACUUCCUCAAAACCCGAGGAAACUGAUGCGGAAACUUUGACUGAGAUUCUACCGGGUUUCCCGGAGAAAGUUGAGGGCGAGAUUGUCUUCUGCGAUGCCGACAAUGUUAACACAGAUGCUAUAUAUCCAGGAAAAUAUACCUACCAAGAUGGUAUCUCGGUUGAGAAGAUGGCCGAAGUAUGCAUGGAGAAUUACGAUAAGGAGUUCCGUGCCAUCGCUCGUGAAGGUGAUAUUCUCGUCUCCGGUUUCAACUUUGGAUGUGGUAGUUCAAGAGAACAGGCUGCUACUGCUAUUCUCGCUAAAAAGAUUCCCAUGGUAGUCGCUGGAAGCUUUGGAAACAUUUUCUCCAGAAAUAGUAUCAACAACGCUUUGAUGGGAGUCGAAGUUCCAAGACUGGUACAAAGACUGAGGGAGCAUUUUGCUACUUCUGCACCAGUGCCAAAGAAAGAAGUAACAGAGCCAAGUGGAAACAGCGAAAGCCUUGACUCACCAAAACCAGCUGAACUAGCUGUACCACAGGGAGAGAAAGUCUUGACAAGAAGAACAGGAUGGAAGUUUGUAUGGGAUGUUAGACGAAGCAAAGUAGAGAUACAGGAAGGUGAGGGUGGUAAGAAGUGGAGCCAAAAGGUUGGGGAGUUGCCACCAAAUGUGCAAGAGAUCAUUGCUAGAGGUGGUCUGGAAAAAUGGGUCAAGAUGGAGAUUGGGAAAAACUAA